AUGACAAAAGAAACCAUCAAAUUGUUUGGAGUUGAAAUUAGUGUGAACAAUGUUUCUUCUUCUGUAGAAGAAUCAACAAGUGACAAGGGCGGGAUGAGUCGUAGUUGUAAGGGAAAAAGAUGGAGCGAAGAUGAACAGAGAGCGUUCUUGAUUGGAUUGGACAAACUUGGAAAAGGAAAUUGGACUCAAAUUGCUAAAGAGUUUGUGCCAAGCAGAACACCAACACAAGUUGCGAGUCAUGCCCAGAAAUAUUUUGACAGACAAAAGGAGAAGAGAGCACUCAAACGCAACAAGUCUAGUGUAUUUGACAUUAAUUUGGACCAAGAAUCCUCAAAUACUUGUCCAGAAUUGGUGUCGAAAAGGGCAUUAAAGGACAAUAAGAAGAAAGGCAAACAAGUUUUGAAUGAAGAAAGUCCAAUUUCACCAAUGCCAAUUAGCUACAGACUUCCUCCCAAUGGAAGCUAUGGCUAUUGCUAUGUUCCGAUGAACAAUUAUCAGUUUAAUUUUGUCUCAUCAUCAACUAAUGCAACUCCAGUUGUCCAUCGGGCUUCGUCUCAGUCUAGUUCUGCGUCCUUGGAUAAUAUAGAUCUAACUCUCUAG